AUGGCCUCAGCAAAGCAGGGACUAUAUGUUGUGGUGUGGGAGUGGGAAAACAAGCAGCGACGAUGGAGGCCAUAUCCGCCAGAAGUUACACAGUUGCUGGAGCGAGCCCAUUCAAAGAACUUGCGCUCGGCAUUCUUGGGAGAUUCAGACCCUGCCCUAAAUAAUUACUCUGUAAACCUUUCAACAAUGCAACAAGAAUGUAAAGUAACAAAGGAAAUUGUAAAUGUGAGAAGGAAUUUUUACCCACAAAGUUCACCUGCUGGUCAAGGGCUUUGGCAGUGGUCAGGAGAUAAGCCAGGAGACUGGCAUAUGUAUGACAUGUGUGUUCAGUGUGUCAUAGAGGAGUCAUGGGGAUCUGGUGCGCAGACAGUGGACUUGAGUAAAGCGUAUCCGAUGUGUCCUUAUGUUAUAAACUUCUGUAAUCUAACACACCCUCCAUGGUUUGAUUUAUUUAUCUGUAUUUUCAUUAAUUUUGUUUUGAAACAAAAUUUUAAUAUGAAUAGCCGUACUAAUUUUAUCCGGAGUAUUAGGCGGGUGCAGCAGGCAUCUUAUCCUGUAGGGAAACCUCCGCAGCAGUCACGCCAAGUUCAAGGAGCAAGUUCUAGUACCAACAAUGCUGCAAGUAACAACUGUGGCAGAGUUAGACCUGGCACAAGUUCUGGAGUUGAUAGGCCAAGAAUGAGAGGGAAUCGUGGAGAUGAUGACUUCGCUUUAGCAGAUGCGAAACCACGUAAUUUUGUGUGCUGUGCUGGUUACUUUGGAGUUAUAGGCAAGAAAGUUAUGCAUAUGUAUUUGCUGAGCUGUAAGAUAUAUAAAAGAGCAGAAAUAUUGUGCAGCCAGUGCAUCUUUAUUGCCAGUGUGGAAGCUAGAACAGAAACGCAGAAGACAGAAAGCCCUGAUGUCAAGUGUAUUGAAUUUACUGCAUACAACAUAGUAGAUAUGUUCAUAUCUAUGAACUUGUCAGUGUACUUCCCCAAGCAGGUUUUCAUAAUCAAAAUGAACGAAGCAUUCCAAUUCUGUUCUGGUCAAUACAUUGAUGGUGGUCAAGCCAUGUACAAGCGCAAGGAUGGUUCUCCCUUCUGCUGUCAAGGCAUCCCAUAUGAAUUUUUAGUAGCUCUGGCCAUGGAACUAUCAAGUUCUGCAGUAUCUGAGUUGUUUGCCUCACAUUUUGUUCUUAUUCUUGAUAGUAUGAGCAUCUACAUUGCAUCUUGGUUUUAUUUUGGUUGUUACAUAGUUGAAUCAUCCUCAUUCUGUGUUCUCAUUUUAAGCAGAUUUGAGUGGUUGGAAUUUGAACAGAUUCUUGAGAGGAUUUUCUCUUAUUUGUGUCUUCUCUGGUUCAUGAAUAUGCUAUGCAUAGAGUGGACACCUCUAAUAAGGCAGUCAUACCUGAUGAUUAUAACACUAACACUAGACAGUUGCCUGAAAUUUGGCUUGAGGGCUGUUGAAGUGAACAUCGGUAAAAAUGCCUGCGGGCUGGGUGAUUUCAACUUGCUGUCAUUCAAGGGGUUGAAAUUAUUGGAAGAAAUGCUUGUAUUCAUGCCAUCAAUGUUUGGACGUGGAAAUAGUGGAAACAGUGGACCAAAUGGCACUACCAAAGGUGGCUCAUUAAGUCCAAAUAGUGAUCAUAGUAAUGGUCGCGGUGGAAUGAAUGCAUGGAAUGGCAAUAAUUGUGCCAGUCCUCCAAAGCCAAUGCCUCGCACCACACUGUCAUCACCUGUGGCUAGUAACCCUCCUGUGCCCAAACCCCGAACUAGUGUGCCUUAUUCUAAGCCAGUGCAGCAUCAGCAUUAUCACCAGCAACAUGAAAAGCAGCACCCUCAGCACCAGCAGCAUCAUGAACACCAGCACCAGCACCACCCUCAUCAUCACCUUCAUCAUCAGAAUCAGCUCCAGAAACAACACCUUCAGCAACACCAUCACCAACCCAUGCAACAGCGUCAUUGUCAGCAGUAUCCAGACGACAGGGAAGAUUGGGUUGACAUGUCCAGGAUAUUAAGAAACGAUUCUGGUGUUGGAAGAUUUGGUUCUAGCCACACCCUAGACUCUGACUGUAGCUCAAUGCAAAGUGGGAGGCGUCCAAGUUUAGACACCAUAUCUACGUAUUUGUCUCAAGAUUCAUGUAAUGUGGAGGAUGAUUCCAGUCAUAUGGCAAGGUUCCAUAAUCAGGAUGAAAGCAAAUUUGUACAGGACCUUAUACAAGUUGAUGGAGCUGAAGAGAACAUGGAUGAUGAUGUCUUUGAUGAAGAUAAAGAAGUCUGUGAGGUAAUGAGGGGUGGAGCUGGACAAAUAUCGCCUGCGCUGUUGCAUUCAACCUCACCCAUACAUUCUCAUCAUGUGCAUCAUCAACGCCAGAUGUCACACAGCCAGGUUCCAUCUCAGCAACAUUGCCAAUUCAUGCCCAUUGCAGCAGCUAAGAAUGGUUCAGAUUUGAACCUGCAACAAAAUGGUGUGCGGAAGCGAACUGGAGAACGAGCCACUCCGGGUCACCCUCGAAUGGAGGAUGUUGAUGACGUAGAAAAUUGCCAGGACAUUCCCAUCUAUGCCAAUCAUACCCAACGUCGGCAUAGCCAUCAGAAAGCUCAGUAUGGGUCCAGAGCUCCAAUUGCUGCAGAGGAUCGGUUAUUGGUUCAGUAUACACAAGCAGUAGACUUGCCUCCUGAUGAGACGUGCUCCAUCUGCAUGUGGAGCUUGCAAGAAUCCUCUGGUUAUUCUGAUGAUGAAAAUGAAGGUGCUGGUAAUGGAAUGCACUUAGGAGGUGCAAUGAGAUACAGAGUUGUAAGCCUGAUUUUAUGCGGCCACUUGUUCCACCAAGCUUGUAUCAGAGAGAUGGCAAAAUCAUCACCCCAUUUCUUGGAGUGUCCCAAUUGCAAGACGCUGCAUGGAGAGAAGUUGGGAAAUCAGCCGGAUGGUAAGAUGUGUUAUAUAGUGCAGCGAUCUCUCCCUGGACACCAUUGCAAUACGAUACAGAUCACGUACAACAUCCAAAGUGGGAUACAAGGACCAGAGCAUCCUCAUCCGGGGCUACCUUAUAAGGCAAUCGGUUUCCCUCGGACAGCUUACCUUCCAAAUAAUGCAAAAGGAAAGAAGGUAUUAAGUCUCUUGAGGGAAGCUUGGCAGCGACGGCUGAUCUUCACAGUUGGGACAUCGGUAACCACAGGCACUCAAGAUGCCGUCACCUGGAAUGAGAUUCACCACAAAACUGAGUGGAAUAACAAUACAGGCCAUGGGUAUCCAGACCCUAACUACCUAGACAACAUUCUCCGAGAACUGGCUGCUCAUGGUGUUACUGAGACAACACUUGUUUGAAGGGGAGAGCUUCAAAGAGAAAGAAAAAAUGUGUGUGUGUGUGGGGGGGGUGUUCACAGUUAACUAUAUCCUGAAAUGUACAGGGAAACACAGGCACAAUUCAAGAAAUUGUGUAACUUUGUUUAGAAGAUGGUGGAUUUUAAGCUCUGAUGUCGAAGCGUUUGACUAUGGAUAUUGCAUAUGCAGUGAUAUAUUUUGGAUUAGUAAAGCCUGCAGGUAAUGUGUGGGUAGUAAUUCUUAUUUAUCUUGUUUAUUAAAAAAUAAACUUGGUUCAUUAAAUCAAUGAAACUGUAAAUGAGAAGAUUUUACCUGGCUUCAGUCUGUGAAGCAACUGAUUCAAUUCUAUCAAAAUCUUAUUUUCAAAUUAGGUAUGUUAAGUACAAUAAAUGGUGCUGAUAGCAGUAUGUAUUAAGUGGUAAGAAAUUUAUUUGAAAUCCUGAUAAUCUAUAUAGAUUUAUUGGCUAAUAUUCCAGGUGUCAGGUGAAAAUGACACAAGAUUAUCAUGCAACUUGAAAGAUAGGCCUUUUUUGUAUGGAAAUGUAUAAUGAAUACUUUUUAUGAGACUUUCCCUUUGCAUACCAAAUACUUUGGGUAGAUUUUACAUAGUUGAUGUAAAAUAUCUAAACCCUGUGGUGUAUAGAAUUCAUUUAAAAGAUAUAUAACUUUCCAGCCUGAAUUAUGUAAAUGCAUCCUUUUUAAAGAAAAAAAAAUUGUGCUGCCAUGACUGCAAACAAUUUUUUUUUUCAAUCAAAUAAAUGCCAUGAUUGUUUUAUUUUAGUAAUUUGCUGAAAAUAUUUUUGUGAUGACUUUUAUUUAUGACAGGAAAAUAGGGACCUCUGGUUCUUUGUAGCAGCAAAAGGGUUAAUGCACCUCAUCAAUGCAUUCACCUAAUACAUCAAAUAUGUGUUUAGAAAAGGGAAAUAAAAUCUGUGUUGAUUUAGUGCCUUGAGUGCAAAAGGUGUAUCUUAAAGAUUCACGUACAUAUUUUUUAAUAAAAUUUCACUUUGAUUUGUUGUUGAAGAUGUUAGGUAAUAUUUUUUUUGUUCCUUCUUUGUUCAAAACUGGUAUAAAAGGGAUGUAAAAGUUUUGAACUGAUGUGUUAAAAGUAGAUGUGAUUGCAUUUUGUAAAACACUUUUGUUAGAUAUGAGAAAUUGCUUCAAAUAUGUUUAUACUGGAAUUCUAGGAAAUAUUGGGAAUAGUGUAAGAAUUGUUGAAUAAUACUGAAAGACAUGAUUUUAUAUAGGAGAAUUAUAAUGCCAAAUACUGGUCUGUUUAAGUGAUACUUUUUACAUUUUUAUUGUUCUUUAAUCUUAAGUCCUGUUACAAUAUGGAGUGUAACGCAAUGCAUGAUUAUUAUUGCUUAAUUGAAUGUGCAUAUAUAUAAUUUCUUUUAUAUUAAAGUGUUCCAGUUUCUAUUGAGAUAGAUAUUGGACGAAUUUUAGCUAGAGUGAAUGUGUAAUAAUUUCAGGAUUUUUUUCCAUGUUAAAAGAGGUUUGAUGAAGAAGCGUAUGGUCAUGUACAGUGAUGUAACUUGUUUGUAUCAAACAUUUUAUUCAAUAUUUGAAUGAAAAGAAUACAGUUGAUUUUGAAAACACAUUUCUUUAUGAAUCAGAUUCUGUUGUGGUAGUGAAAGUGAACUUUCCAAUUCAACAAUGGUAGUGUUUAGUUUCUUAUGAGAAUUACAUAUUUUCUAAUGUUAACUGGAAGAGCUACUCUUUACUAGAGUCAUUAUGACUUUCUUGUUUUUUUAAAGCACAAAAAUAUAUAUUUGUGAAUAUUGUAUUACCUUUUAAUUGUACCUAUAGAAGAUGAUUUUAGCAGCGUAUCACCUCAUUAGUUCUCAAGUAGGACAACCACAAAGGAAUUUAGUGACCAAUUUUACACGAUAUGUACCAUAACUGCAAAAGUGUUUCUGCUUAAACUUGCUUUAUGUAUGACCUUCAUGACCCUGUUAAACUUCUAUUGUAUGCUAA